AUGAAUAUUCGUGGUCAAAGAAGAAGACAAUCUCAACAAGAUAAUAUAAAAUUUUAUGUGGAAGAUUUACCACCAGUUGAUACUACUGGAUUGCUUGAAAGAGUUCGAGCUGCAAUUUAUCUUUCAUUAGAUGAAUUAUGGUCUAUUCUGACUGAUAAUACCUUAAUUGCUACAUUUCUUGAUCCAAGGUUUAAACAUUUCAAUUGGACAACUAAUGAUGAACGAGAAAAAGUAUAUCAAUUAGUAAAACUUUAUAUAAUUACUUGA